GCGCGGCGGAGGCCCCGGCCCCGCUUGGCUUCUGGGAGGAGAAAGGAUGGCUCAGGAGACGAAUCAAACGCAGGUGCCUCUGCUGUGCACUACGGGCUGUGGCUUUUACGGCAGUCCCCGGACCAACGGCAUGUGCUCCGUUUGCUAUAAGGAAUUUCUACAGAGGCGGCAGAGCAGCGACCGGAUAAGCCCCCCAGCAGCCAACGGGCCCAACAGCAGCCCGGUGGCUUCGGGCUCCAUCGYGGAGCCAUGUGCAGAGGGAGGCUCCGCGCCGGAGGAUGUGAAAGCCAGUGCUCAGAGCCCUGUGACCCAUCAGAUGACAGCCAUGAGCAUAUCCAGAGAGGAGAACAGCAGUGAGACGGAAAGAUUCACUAAGACAGAAGAAGCCUCAUCAGCAUCUUCCUCGUCAGGGACCCUCCUUGAAAUAUCCCAGAACGCAGCCGAGGACAAGAUGGUUCCCGAAAAAGUGAAACAGAAGAAGAACCGGUGCUUCACCUGCCGGAAGAAGAUAGGGUUGACUGGCUUCGACUGCCGCUGCGGGAACCUCUUCUGCGCCCUUCACCGGUACUCGGACGUGCACGCCUGCCCCUACGACUACAAGGCAGAAGCGGCUGAGAAAAUCCGCAAGGAGAAUCCCGUCAUCGUAGCCGAGAAGAUCCAGAAGUUGUGAGGGAGGCUGGGCAGCUGGAACGACAGCCACGUGGCCUGGUGCUCCUCCCCUUCCUCCCAGCCUUCCUCCUCUUCCUCCCAACCCCAUGGGCAGCCUCAUGGGGCCUCCAGCAGCAGACGUGAACCUACAGCCACUGCUCRGUAGAUCUUUUUCUCACCGGCUUCUGAAAGGAAAAGGGAUCCGGUGCCGGUGCCGCAGGCUUUGGGCAGGGCGGUUUGCGCCGCGCUGGCAGCCCAUCCACCCUCUGCUCCGCCGGAGGUGCCCGAUCUUGGAGGCGGGCAGGAGGAUUCGGCAGUUUAGACGCCCCCAAUCCCCCCCGCGCCCCUUUGCGAAGGCCCUGUGGGAGCAGCUGGAUCACUGAGCAGCUGGGCAGGACGCAAGGAUGCUCCGGCCCCCGGCGGCACCUUGGAGAAAGCGCCGCUCCUGCCUCCUUUCCUGCCUGUCCACGGGGACCUGGCUGCCYGGGGGAACAUGCGAGCACCAGCCUCCGUCAGCCCUCGAACGCUCCUCCGUUGCUGCUCCGCGCAAAAUUCCUGGCCRCUUCCUGGCAAGCCUGGGAUAAUACUUCCCGGCGAGCCUGGGAUAACGCCACUGGAGCCCGCGCUCCCACACCCGCUUCUGCCCCCGUGACUCCCACCUUCUGCCUUACUCGGUGCGUUUCGGAUCAGGGCUGUGCUCAAGGCUCAGGCCACCGACCCUGUCCCCUUCCCUGCGUGCGGGGCCCCAGAGCCGUGGCUGCCACCGUGGGCCCCACUGAUGCUCCUGGCAGCUCCCCYGGCCCAGCUGCCCUCCUGGUCGCUGCUGUCCACGUGGGAAGAGGCAGRGCCGGCUGCCCCAUGCAUGGGGGACGCUAGGAGGCUCCCAACACCAAGCAGGGGCAUGUGGGGCACAGGGGAGGGUCCGCGCAGGGGCCUAAGGCGUACAGAGAGGUGCAGGGAGAGCUCAGGGAUGCUAGGGAAGCACGCAAAGGGGCAGGGGCUCUUGUCUCCUGGCGUCUAGCCACGGACCAAGCCCUGGAGAAGACCCUGGUCACCAGCCCGCGUGGCAGAACAGCUGGGGACACCCGUUCUGCAGCCUCGGCCCUUUUGGCCGCCCCUUUGCAGCCCCACGUGAGCAGCAGCUCUGGGCACCACAUCCCACUGUGUCCCACCAAACCCCAGCGUUGGUCUCGGUCUCRAAAAGGGUCCAGGAGGGGAAACUGUCCCGCGGAACUCGGGUCUCCCCUUCCGCCACCCGCAGCGGCCGCAGCGUUUCCCCGGGGAUUUUCUUUUCCAAGCUGUUCUCCCUGGGACGCAGCAAAGCCGAGGGCCGGAUCUGUGAGGCUGYGAUGGCUCCGCCUCGCAAGCCAAGAAAUCCAGCUGCGUCCCAGGAGGA